CGGCAUGGUCGGAGCUGCUGCGAACGUUUUCCCGUUCCGCGACGCUCGCUCCGCGCCGGACCCGGUGCUGGAGGCCGGCCCGCUGGCAUACGGGCCGCUGCCGGUGCCGCUGGUGCUGGACAACGGGUCAUUCCAGGCCCGUGCCGGCUGGGCGUGUCCCGGGCCGGACCCUGGCCCUGAGCCGCGCCUGCAGUUCCGUGCGGUAUGUGCCCGCGGUCGUGGGGCGGCGCGGGGCGGGCCGGGCCCGCAGGUGGGCAACGCGCUGGGCAGCCUGGAGCCGCUGCGCUGGAUGCUGCGCUCACCCUUCGACCGCAACGUGCCGGUUAAUCUGGAGUUGCAGGAGCUGCUGUUUGACUACAGCUUCCAGCACCUGGGUGUUUCCUCACAGGGCUGUGUUGAUCAUCCCGUAGUUUUGACUGAAGCUGUGUGCAACCCACUGUAUUCAAGGCAAAUGAUGUCCGAGCUUCUUUUUGAGUGCUAUGGGAUACCAAAGGUUGCCUACGGAAUAGACAGUCUCUUCAGCUUCUACCACAAUAAGCCAAAGAACUUGACUUCCAGUGCGCUCAUCAUUUCAUCUGGAUACCAGUGUACGCAUAUUUUACCCAUCUUAGAAGGGAGGUUAGACGCUAAAAACUGCAAACGCAUCAAUCUUGGGGGAAGCCAAGCAGCUGGCUACCUCCAGCGCCUCCUUCAGCUGAAGUAUCCCGGGCACCUGGCAGCCAUCACUCUCAGCCGCAUGGAGGAGAUCCUGCAUGAGCACAGCUACGUCGCUGAGGAUUAUGGAGAAGAAUUGCAGAAAUGGCGGUGCCCUGAUUACUAUGAGAACAAUGUCCACAAGAUGCAGCUCCCGUUUUCCAGCAAGCUCCUUGGCAGCACCCUGACCUCCGAGGAGAAGCAGGAGAGGCGGCAGCAGCAGCUGCGGAGACUGCAGGAGCUCAACGCCCGUCGGCGGGAGGAGAAGCUGCAGCUCGAUCAGGAGCGGCUGGACAGGCUGCUCUGCGUGCAAGAACUUCUAGAGGAUGGCCAGAUGGAUCAGUUUCACAAAGCCCUGAUAGAGCUGAAUAUGGACUCUCCAGAAGAGCUGCAGUCCUACAUACAAAAGCUCAGUUCAGCAGUGGAGCAAGCUAAGCAGAAAAUCCUUCAAGCAGAAGUCACCCUUGAGGUGGAUGUGGUAGACAGCAAGCCAGAGACCCCUGACCUGGAGCAGCUGGAGCCAUCCCUGGAAGACGUGGAAAGCAUGAAUGAUUUUGAGCCCCUGUUUUCAGAGGAAACACCUGAAGUGGAGAAGCCAGUUACCACUGUCCAGCCCGUGUUUAACUUGGCAGCAUAUCAUCAGCUGUUUGUUGGGACAGAAAGAAUUCGAGCUCCAGAAAUUAUUUUCCAGCCAUCUCUGAUCGGAGAAGAGCAGGCUGGGAUAGCGGAGACUCUUCAGUACGUCCUGGACAGGUAUCCGAAGGACGUCCAGGAGACGCUGGUUCAGAAUGUGUUCCUCACUGGUGGGAACAUGAUGUAUCCUGGGAUGAAAGCCAGGAUUGAGAAGGAACUGUUGGAGAUGAGGCCCUUCCAGUCUUGUUUUCAGGUUCAACUUGCCUUUAACCCUGUGCUGGACGCCUGGUAUGGUGCUCGUGACUGGGCCUUGGACCACCUAGACAACCACGAAGUCUGGGUCACCAGGAAAGAAUAUGAAGAAAAGGGAGGAGAGUACCUCAAGGAGCAUUGCGCUUCCAACAUCUACGUCCCCAUCCACCUGCCAAAACAGGCUUCACGUUCCUCGGACACCCAGGCAUCUGGCAGGAGCACAGGGGCCAGUGGAAGCAGUGCUGGAGAGCAUGCUUAGCAUAGGGCCGCUCCAGAGAGACUGCCCAGCUCACGAUGUCCUUGGGCCAUGCCAGCCGGUGGGACACAACAGCAACUGUACUAGAUGAUUCCAGCCAGAGUCUGGUGGUAACAGUUGCUGUGAAAUGGAUUUCUCCUAGGGAGAACAGAGUUAAGGACGCUGGGAGCUACCCAUUAGAAUUGUGUUCAUCUGGGGACUUCUGCAAUGAAGUACUUUUAGGUAGCCUCAUAGUGUCUUUGUGAAACUGUGGAUGAGCUGUGGCAUCAGCUUUCUAGCAGCUCCCUGCAACAGUAAAUGAAGACGGGGAGGAAGACAGAGACGUACAGAACACACAAGACUUAUUUCUUGCUGCAUUUUGAACCCUUUUUUGUUGUUUUUAAGAUUUAUAUUGUCCGUGUAGAUGUUUUAUUCUUCUGAAUUUGUUCAGGAAUUGUGUGAAUGCCCAGCAGGGGGUGGUCUUUCAUCUGUAUUAAAAGAUAAUGUUUAUGUAAUAAAAACAAUCACCCAUGGAAUCUCAGGAGCUGGAAAUAGUUCCCACGUCUCAUUGAGGUAACCAGCCUGUACAGAGUCACUCUGAUGUUAGGGGCUGCUUGGUGCCCAUGUCUGAAUGAGUAGAAAUGGGACUAGCAGCCUAGCUUUUGCCCUUGCUGUCUUUGCUGGAAGCAUUUCCACUGUACAGGGCCUUCCCGCAAAUAUUUAUGUCCCCUUGAGUUUGUUGGCUACUUAAUAUUUUCAGGCCUUUUUGAAGAAAUGGAGCCCUGGUGGCACAGUGCUUAAGAGCUACGGCUGCUAAUCAAAAAGUCAACAUUUCAAAUCCACUAGCUGCUUCUUAGAAACCCUAUUGGGGCAGUUCUACUUUUCCUGUAGGGUUGCUAUGAGUUGGAAUCGACUCAGCGGCAGCAGGUUUGGUUUUUGAAGAAAGAGAUUGGAAAAGAGUUAAUCAUCCGGCCUUUUUAGUUUUACCAUAACCUCACAUUCCCUUUACCCCCAUAAUUUCAUCUCAGAGGGACAAUAACCCCUCUCUUCUACAGAGAUUGCUCCUGAGACUUAACUCUUCAACACACCUAAGAACUGAACCCAGAGGGCCCCUCAGUCACUAACUUCAUGCCACAGAAUCCACAAUUGUAAAUCCCAUGGAACCUCCAGUCCACCCCUCUGAUAAGGCCACCACAGAACCUGCUUGCUCAUACAAUUUACCACGGGUAGUCAUCUGUAUCUCUAGCUCUCAAGAACUUAGAAACUGCGGAUAAGUAAGGGGUAGUGGUGGUGGUGGAGAAAGUAGAACAUCCAAGGGAAUGCAAGACCUCCUAUGGCAUUGUGCAGUUAAACCAUUGACCAUUGAGGGCAGGGCCCAAGGACCGAUGAGGUGGUGAUAGGCCUGAGCUACUAUGAAAGGGUAGAUGUGAAGAAGGCAGGGCCAACCUCCACGUGACAGAGGUUUCCCUAUCACAGUUCCAGGGAGAGGAAUGUUGCUAAUUGCUGUCAGAGGCCUGGCGGUCUUUCUCCCACGGUCAGCAGAUCAAAUAGCCUGAACGGGAGGAGCGGCAGAGAUGAGGUCAAAAGACUGUCAUGUGAUCAAGCCCUUACCGGUCUGCCUACAGCCUGACUGAGGAGGUGUGAUGGGGAAGGAUCCUGGACUCGGCAGGUAAGAUGGGACACAGCAUGGCCAAACAAGCUUAAAGCUGGACCUACUCGAUUGUCUGUGGGCUGCAACUGCAGGAGGACAUUUGAGGCUGUGGUGAGAGACAGGCCGUGGGGCUGAGCCUUGAGCUCCCCUGUUUCACCCCUCACCCCUUGCAUUAAACAUACCAUGACCUUCAGUGACCACCUCUGCGUGUGCGGUUCUUAUGGAAUCCUGCUGAUCCUUCUCCAGUGCACUAGGCAGGGAUUUGCUACUCUCAGGGUCCCUCAGCACCUCACACAGAUCACUAACAGAGCACUCCAAAUACCUUGGGCUUUGUCUGCACUCCAAGAUGGUCUCUUCUAAACUGUGAAAUGUGUUUCAUUCAGCUUGGAGUAUCGAGUCCAGUGCUGAAUUUGGAGGGUGUCAGGGGCUCACAGGAUUUUUAAUGAAUGACCAACUGGAUGGGUAAAUGAAUGAUUAAAUCUGAACAAAGAGAAUUUGAGGUAGCUCAGUCUGUUGAGAGGAACAAAUCAGGAGUCCACACUGAGGGCUUUCCCUUGGUCAGGUAGCCCUACUCAUAGAGACAUCUGGAUGUGCCUCUGACCCUGCCAUGAUCCUUGGAGAGAAGGUGGAUCUGUCUGUAGCCAGUGUUCUGGUGUCAGCUGCCAAGGAAUGGACUCCCAAUGCCCAGUUGAGAGCUCUUGUCUGUGGGACUUCAGAAAGAAAAGAUGGCACAGGGAAGGGAUAGUCUAUCCAGUGGGUCUCUGGGACCACUUAGCUUCAGAUUUGAGUUUGAAGGUUGAGUGACCACCUAAAAUGAGCAGGACACCUCCCCCCAGCUAAAGUGGUAGGGGCUAUACCCCUUGCUGCCCACUUACUCUUUCUCUGCUCCCUGCUGGCAUCUCUGGAAAGAAACAGUUUCACAAAAGGAAGGUAAGAUAGUGGAAUAAGUUAGGAAUGAAAUGUUAAAAUUGUGGGCAGAGAAGGCUAAAACAAGAAAUGGAGAAGUCAAGUUCAUGCAAAUACAAUAAGCAAAGAUUGUUUGGUAGAGGCCUACCUAAUGGAUUAAGUGAAUAAAUGAAGCCUGUCAUUUCGGGAAUUUCAUAUUAAAUUAUUACAAGAAAAUGAUAAGACAUGGGAGGAUUAAAAGGUAUAGGCAAAGAGACUGCCUGUUUACCAAACAUAUUUUUCUUUCGUCCUGGGCACACAGCUAAACUACAUUUCCCAGCCUCCCUGGGCAGCUGUACCUGUGCCCAUUUAAUUUCUGGCAAAUGGAAUAUUGUUGGAAGAGAUGUACACCAUUUCCCAUGAGAGAAUCUUUCCUCAUUCACUGAGUGGAGAGAAGUCUAAGGCCCAAGAGGAGCAUGGAGCUACAAAAUGGAAGGAGCCAAGAGGCCCUGAGAACACUGAGCUUAUCUGUAACGGCAGCUAGCGUUAUUCUAACUGAAACAGGUUACAAACAAGAAUUUGAAAGCCAUUUGUGUUUAUCAGGGGGAUUUGUUAGCUAGGAAAAAAAAAAAAAAAAGUAUGAAAUGAGAGCAGUAUAACAGAGUUAUUUCUUCACUUAGGAAAUGGGAGUAAUUCCAUUCAUCCAGUGGGAAUGUUAAAUGAGGUAAUGAAUGCAAUUCCCUAAGGAUUUCAGGAAACACAGACUAAGCUGACCCAGAAGGACCCCCUUCCGGCUAUAAAUGUAGAAAAGCUGAAUAAAACAAGAAAAUUGUAAUGCUGAACUUGAGAGAGAGGGAAAAUCAUAGAUACCAGAAAUGAAUACAGAAAUCAAAGCCAGAAUAGUAACCAAAAGCUGACACUGAACCAUCCCGUGGGAGUUUCAUACAGAGAAAUGAGUCCUAGGGGUGGGUGGGAACAGGUUCUAAUGCUCAAGUACGUACCAGAGAUGUGGCCCUGGGCCCUCAUCAAGUGAGGAAGCUGGAAUAAGCUCCCUGAAUAAAUAAUACUAAAGCAGCGAGGGUAACCUCAAAAACGCUAGUAAUAGAGUGUCUAAAGCCAAACACAAAAGGGAAGAAAGCCAAAUCAAUAAUAAAGGGAGCAGGGAGCAAAGCAGUAGAAAUGAGUUCAAAUAUAGUAAUAAUCAUAAUGUAAAGAGAUUAAAGCUGACCUGUCAAAAAAAAAAGGAAAACAAAUUGAUUGGAUUUUUAAAAAAUACAGCAGCACACUGUAAAAGCACAUUAAAAACAUGGUAAAAAGAUAGAUGAAGGGAUAGGAUAAGCUAAACUAGACAGAUGAAUACCAAACAAUUUAUCUGCUAUAGUAAUCUGAACAUCAGGCAAAAUAGUCUUUAAAGCAAAAAAAAAGUAGAGAAUAUUUACUUAGUAAUAAAAUAAAUCAUGGGAAGAUAUAGCAAUCCUGAAACUAACCUGUGUGCCCCUAAUAAAAGAGCCUUAAAACAUAGAAAGCACAAAUUGACAUAGUGUGAGAUUUACAAAUGAAAAAUGCCUGGCCCAUAGGAGCUCAGUAUUUAGGAGCUGUAAUUAUUAUGAGACCCAGAAAGAGGGUAGGCCUGGUACUUCUUGGCAGCAGAGCAGAGUCCAGGAGUGGUCAAUUCGUAUAGGAUCAAAGGGGAACUUGGGGCUGGGGCAGUUAUACCUGGAUUCCUAGCUUCUUUCUGGGCCCUCCCGUUCCACCCUGAAGACUGCUAUGCUCAGGAAGAAGGGAGGACCCUGAGCUGGAAGCCACAUACUUCUUCCUCUACUUUAGCAGCAGCCUCUCUGCUGGUCCCUCCUCUCAAAACCGUUAUGGGACAUUCCUACAGUAGAAACAGACAUCUGCAAAAGUUUUUGAAGGAAAAUUUGAGGCAAAUCUCUCAAACACAUUCUGGUAACCCUGAGAUUUCUGGGAUUCCAGCCUCUCCCUCCACCCACCAUACAUUUCAUUCUUAUUUGCUUCCCCUUCCUGUCUGCCUCCCCCUCAGCCCUUGGCAGCCAGGGCAGCCCCAGGAGUUUCUCUCUUUUGCCCAGCAAACCUCAGGGGCAUAGGAUCCUAUCCCAACAACUCUGCCUUUCUGUUCAUUCCUCACUAUGCCACAUAGCCAAGAGCCUCACCUUUGGGAGCUGCCACAGUCAGGACCAGUGUGGGCAUCCCAACUCAAGUCAGAACACAGGCACUGGGAAGUUCCAUGAAUAGACUAACCCACUCACUGGUGUUUCCCUUUCUGUUCUUUUUCUUCUAUGAUGUUCUCCCUCUGCUUUUCAUUGUCCAGUUCAACUCGCACUCAUGAGUGCUCGCUCGGUCCAGGUGUUCUUGUCUCUGCUCCCUGCCCACUCUGUUCCUUCUGCUUUCCCAGGCCCAGGAAGCCACAUGGAGUGCAGAGGUCCUGUUGAUUCAGGAGACAUUGCCCAGAGCAAAUAUUUUAACUGACCAAAGUCCGGGGGAAGUCAAGAUGGAGUCUGGUUGGAUGACCAGGCUGAGUGUGGGAGGAGUCUGAGUACAGGUGGGCAGCUGUUAAGCCUUAGGGAAGGAAAUAACUUGUCCAUGAGAAUGGAGGAGUCCUAGAAGAGCAGAACCAGAGAUCAUCAAAGAAGCUUUGCACCCCGGAGAGCGCCCCAUCCACCUAUAAGGAUUCAGCAUUGGCAAUGAAAGAGGAAAAGAAGGGGCUUGGAAAGUGCACAGGACCAGAGCUGACAGCCUUGGAAAGACACCACUUCUAGGGGAGAGGGAGACACCUUGGAAGCUAGAGGUGAUGUAAACGGAACAAGGAAGGGCUAGUGACAAGAGACUUAGUAAAGUAAGACAGGGCCAGAGGAAGCGUGAUCACAAAAAUGUGCCAAGUAUUAAUCUGUCCUUCAUUUUU